AUAACAUAGACAACCAGGCUAAAUUCCGCAGCCUUCAAAAACCCUAAUAGCAGUUCCCCAUUUCGCUCGCUCGCUCUUUCUCACUUGCCUCUCGUCGCCCCUUUCAGCUCUAGCGCUUAACGCCUGUACGCGCAUCUCUCUCUCCCUUCCUCCCUCUUCACCCACACACGAUAUCGGUCUUUUCCUGUAAAAAACAAGAAUCUUAUUGUCACUCUUUAACUCUGUAAUUGUUGUUUUCAGAUCUGAAAUCGGAGCUUCUCAUUUCCUUUUUCAGCCAUGGCUCUUAUAUUAUAUGCUGGCAAGACAAACAAAAAUGCAUACAAGACACUGAUAGCUGCAGAAUACUCUGGUGUGGAUGUCAAGCUUGCUGAGAAUUUCGAGAUGGGUGUUACCAACAAGACUCCUGAGUUUCUCAAAAUGAACCCAAUUGGAAAGGUCCCUGUCUUGGAGACUCCUGAAGGUCCCGUCUUUGAGAGCAAUGCGAUUGCACGUUAUGUUACACGCCUGAAGGCUGACAAUCCUCUAUAUGGUUCAUCGUUGAUUGAAUAUGCCCGUAUUGAGCAGUGGAUAGAUUUUGCGGCAACAGAGAUUGAUGCUGGUAUUUCAAAAUGGCUUUAUCCUAGAUUGGGAUAUCAACCGUAUCUUCCUCCAGCUGAGGAGGCUUCGAUUUCUGCAUUGAAGAGAGCACUGGGUGCCCUGAACCUGCAUCUUACCUCAAACACCUACUUGGUUGGGCAUUCUGUUACUCUUGCUGACAUCAUCAUGACAUGCAAUCUUUACACAGGAUUUUCAUAUGUCUUGACCAAGAGCUUUACCUCAGAGUUCCCUCAUGUUGAGAGAUACUUCUGGACCAUGGUUAAUCAACCAAAUGUCAAGAAGGUAGUGGGUGAAGUUAAGCAGGCUGAAUCAGUUGUGCCAGUUACAAAGAAACCUUCCCAGCCAAAAGAACCUGCUAAAUCAAAGCCCAAGGAUGAACCAAGAAAAGAAGUCAAGGAAAAAGAGCCAGCAAAGCCCAAAGCUGAACCUGCUGCAGAAGAGGAAGCACCAAAGCCGAAACCCAAAAAUCCUCUUGAUUUGCUGCCUCCAAGCAAGAUGAUAUUGGAUGAUUGGAAGAGGCUCUACUCUAACACCAAGACUAACUUUCGUGAGGUUGCUAUCAAAGGAUUCUGGGAAAUGUAUGAUCCUGAGGGAUACUCCCUGUGGUUCUGUGACUACAAGUACAACGAUGAGAAUACCGUGUCAUUUGUCACUCUGAACAAGGUCGGUGGAUUUCUUCAAAGGAUGGAUUUGGCUCGCAAGUAUGCAUUUGGGAAGAUGCUUGUAAUCGGCUCAGAGCCUCCAUUCAAGGUCAAGGGGCUGUGGCUUUUCCGUGGGCAAGAAAUUCCGCAGUUUGUCAUUGAUGAGUGCUAUGAUAUGGAGCUGUAUGAAUGGACCAAGGUUGACAUCUCAGACGAAGCUCAAAAGGAGCGUGUCAGUCAGAUGAUCGAAGAUCACGAGCCUUUUGAGGGGGAUGCCCUUCUGGAUGCCAAGUGCUUCAAGUGAAACAACUGUAAUCCGUCAAGGCCAUGUUUGUGGCCGCAACCUGUUUUUGGUAGUGAGUUUGUCUCUUGUUUCAGACAUACUGAAGUCUAGACAUUUAAUGAUUUGGACAAUAUAGUGUUAAAGUGUUUUUUAGCAUUUUCCCUUCUCGAAGAUACUUGCUUAUUCGCUGCUGGCAUGUUUUUGCCUCUGAUUACUAGGGCACUUGUUUUAAGCUCUCGUGCUCAGUAUUUGUGGUCCAUUCGGCUCUAUCUUCAUGAGUUCUGAUUGAUAGGGCAAAAGGUGUUUAACUUACCGUUAUAUGAUUUGUGUAAGAUGGAUAGAUAUAUGAUUUCUAUGAUGAAUUUGAUGUGCUAACGAA